AUGGAUUCAAAUGCACGUAUCGCGCGGGUAGUAGGCCUGCUCACUGUCAUUCUGUCCUUCAGUCAUUUCCAACCUGCCUUCGCCCUUCGAGUGCUAAGCAAUCCCGCAGCAGCCCAUGCCAGUGCUGAUAGCGAAGCUUCUCUAGCGGGAGCUUCAGCCGCUACUGCCUCUGAAGUGGGAACAAGCGGUCCAGAGGCAGCGAGCGUGAUGCAGAGCGGUGCAGCGGACCCGUGCACGCUGUGGACUCCAUUUGAACAAGCGUUUCUGUUGACUUUGAGCAGAGAGAGUGACGUGGAAGAUCUUCGGUCCGUGGUCAACGGAGUCAACAACCACUACGUGUACAAAGACACAGCCGUUGACUCGCCCGACCAGACGAACCUUCCCAGCAGCGUCGACAUCGUCGCGGAGUUGACGGCCAUUCUGCAGCGCGCCGAGCGGGGCGAAUACGAACGGCUGAUGGACGCCCACGUGGACACGUUCAACGCGAUCAACGGUCUCAACGACGGCCACACGAUGUUUCAGUCGAGAUGCUUCUUCAGCAUGGUCACCUUCCUCCUGCCGCUCCCGCUUUUCGCGGUCGUGGAGGACGGCCAGCAGAUCGUUCGCGUCGCCACGCGCCGAUACCUGUCGUUAUUCAAAGGGAUCGAGGAGGACGCGAAGAAGCUCUGGGGUUUCGAUCUUUCCGCCUACGAGUUACAACAGGUACAAGCCAUAGAGGGCCAGCCAGCAGUGGAGUACAUAAAGAAGUGGGCGGACAAGCACGGCGGAAUGGUGCGCAACCCCAGUGCGCGCUUCAACAUGAUGUUUGCGGGGCUCGACGCAGAAGGGGCCGCCAGCUUGGGACAGCACGCGGGGGAGUUUGUUGUGCGGGAGCUGGUUCCAGAGAGAGACACGCUGCAGGUGUCCAUUCUGAGAGGGGGGGCAGCGGAGAACGUGAGUGUGCCAUGGAUAGCUGUCUCGCGCUCAAAGCCCUUCAACGACUCGCACUCCUACUGGACCCUCAACUGCGCCAAGCACAGCGACAGCUGUCCAGGCAACGCUGCAAGGAACGGCAGCAGCGGCAGCAGUGGUAGUGGUAGCAGCAGCGAGGAGGCGCCGCCUCCUAUGUUAGAGCUUGAUGUGCUGAGAAUGCGACCCCAGUACCAGCAAUACCAGCAGCCCCACAGGCGCCAGCAGCAGCAGCCACAGGAGAAGCAGGAGCGCAAGGAAGAAGCAGGGCCGUCAAGCAGUGAUGUGCAGAGCAGUGACAAGGUUGCACCCAGGAUACUGGCUGGCGGGGAUGGGGCAGCGAUCACCAUGGAGAAGGUGUCUGCUGACGAUGCCUACUACCUGGUGUAUCUGGUGAGCAACCGCACGGCAGUGAUCGUGCUGCACACGUUCUCCGUGGACAGGACCACGCAAAGCAAGCUCGCAGUCACCAGGCCUGGCCUGGAUCCCCUUGCAUACCUCAUUGGGGAGAUUUUCAAAGCCAUGUAUGCUGCCAGGAGCACCAAUUGCACGGAGGUUAUAUUCGACGUGCGCGAUAACGGCGGCGGGGUCACCGUGAUGGCCUCAGUCACAGCCGUCGCGCUUCUCGGCACGCGCAACGUGCCUCUAGCGAACGCAACCCUACCCAUGGACUUCAUUAUAGGCACAAACUUCACCUGGAGCCUUGUGGCGGAUCAGGCCAUUCCUAAGUACGCCGCGAAUCGCUAUAGUCAUCCCAGCGACGGCGCGUCGCUCCUCUUGUCUUCUCAAGACUACAAGCCUCUGCAUAACGUCUCCUUCUCAACCGCUGGCCGCGCCGGCACCUAUACAGCGAAUUUCAAGUCGAAUUUCGAUAAACUCUACGGCGCAUUGGCGGAGCUUCCCGGGUCGGCGGAGCCGUUUUUCGGCGCGCGGCCGUUUCUGUUUCUCGCAGACGGCGACUGCUUUUCCACGUGCGCCAUCCUCACGCACAUGCUGGGUAAACGCUACAAAGUACCCAUGGUAACCGUGGGUGGUUUCCUCAACCAGCCCGUGUCCGUGAGCGCGUCGUGCCUGGGCUACACGAUGCAAUCGUUAAACUGCGACGUCUCGGUUCCGUUAAGCCGCACGAGCCACGCCAACGACCCGCACGCGUCGAAACCGUUUAAGACGAACAUAGAUGUUUCCAUGGCGUUUACUAACGGGUACGUGGACUCGGGCGUUCCCAGGGAGAGUGACGUGGAAGAUCUUCGGUCCGUGGUCAACGGAGUCAACAACCACUACGUCUACAACGACACUGCCGUUGACUCGCCCGACCAGACGAACCUUCCCAGCAGCGUCGACAUCGUCGCGAAGCUGACGGCCAUUCUGCAGCGCGCCGAGCAGGGCGAAUACGAACGGCUGAUGGACGCCCACGUGGACACGUUCAACGCGAUCAACGGCCUGAACGGAGCAAGCAGCAGCAGCAACGGCAACGGCGGCGGCGGCGGCGGCGGCGGCAGCGGCAGAGAGAGGGAGUUGCGGGAGGCGCUUCCUGUGUUCCAGCGUGAUGCGCUGAGGAGACGCCUCCAGUACCGGCCACACCAGCAGCCCCACAUGCGGCAGUUGCAGGAGCAGCAGGCGCAGGGGCAAGAGGCGGAGGGGCAAGAGGCGGAGGGGCAAGAGACGCAGGGGCAAGAGGCGGAUGGGCAAGAGGCGGAUGGGCAAGAGAUGGCGGGGGAAGAGACAGCGGGGCAGCAGGCGCAGGGGCAAGAGGCGGAGGGGCAAGAGACGCAGGGGCAAGAGGGGGAGGGGCAAGAGACGCAGGGGCAAGAGGGGGAGGAUCAACAGGGGGAGAGUCAACAGGGGGAGGAUCAAGAGAGGGGGGAUCAAGAGGGGGAGGAUCAACAGGGGAACGGGGAAGAGACGCAGGGGCAAGAGGGGGAGGGGCAAGAGACGCAGGGGCAAGAGGGGGAGGAUCAACAGGGGGAGAAUCAACAGGGGGAGGAUCAAGAGGGGGGGGAUCAAGAGGGGAAGGAUCAACAGGGGAACGGGGAAGAGACGCAGGGGCAAGAGGGGGAGGGGCAAGAGACGCAGGGGCAAGAGGGGGAGGAUCAACAGGGGGAGAAUCAACAGGGGGAGGAUCAACAGGGGGAGGAUCAAGAGGGGGGGGAUCAAGAGGGGGAGGAUCAACAGGGGAACGGGGAAGAGACGCAGGGGCAAGAGGGGGAGGGGCAAGAGACGCAGGGGCAAGAGACGCAGGGGCAAGAGACGCAGGGGCAAGAGACGCAGGGGCAUGAGGUGGAGGGGGAAGAGACGGCGGGACAGCAGGCGCAGGGGCAGCAGACGCAGGGGCAAGAGGUGGAGGGGCAAGAGGCGGGUGGGGAAGAGACGGGUGGGGAAGAGGCGGGUGGGGAAGAGACGGGUGGGGAAGAGGCGGGUGGGGAAGAGGCGGGUGGGGAAGAGGCGGGUGGGGAAGAGGCAGGUGUGGAAGAUGGGGUUGGAGAAGACUCGGGUGGGGAAGAGACGGAUGGGCAAGGGGCGCCGGUGGAGUUGGAGUUGGCCCGGCGAAGGAGGUGUGGGAACAGAGGGAUGCGCGGCAUUGUUGGCGCCAGCAGUGCUGCUGCUGCUGCUGCUGCUGCUGCUGCUGCUGCUGCUGCUGCUGCUGCUGCUGCUGCUGCUGCUGCUGCUGCUGCUGCUGCUGCUGCUGCUGCUGCUGCUGCUGCUGCUGCUGCUGCUGCUGCUGCUGCUGCUGCUGCUGCUGCUGCUGCUGCUGCUGCUGCUGCUGCUGCUGCUGCUGCUGCUGCUGCUGCUGCUGCUGCUGCUGCUGCUGGUGUUGCUGCUGCUGCUGCAGGCGUGAGGAGGGGAGGUGGAGGGUGCGUGCGCGUCACCCUUGCAGAUGGGGCAGAGGGGCUGCUUGGUGGUUAG